AUGGCUGUUUCAAAUCCAGAAAACUGCAGUUACCAGAAGAAGAAUCAUGUCGAUGAAUGGGAUCUUUUGAAUAGAGCCUGUAAAGGUGAUGUGGAUUAUGUUUAUAAAGUCCCAGUGGUGGGGAUGGAUCUGAAACAGCACUCUGACAUCUAUGACAUGAAGGUGGAGCUGGUGCUGAAAGAAGGUACUGCAGAGGAUCCUGGAUUUCUCGCUCGUCCCGGUUGCAGAGAACAUUUAGGAUUGGUAGAAGGCAAGUCGUACCUCAUCAUGGGCAGAUCUGUUGACCUGCCAGAGGUGGGAGAAGGGAAGUUUUUAGUACUUCCUGACCUACAGGAUUCUGCUCUUGCACAGAAGGACCCACAACUCAUUAAAAUUUAG